AUGGAUGCGCCGACUCCGAGGCAGCUGCUGAUGCGCACGUUGCCUGAGAUGUUCCCAGGCGAUGACAGCAUCGAGCUCUGCGGCGAGGCCGCAGUGGCUAUUGGCCAGAUGCCCGUCGACUGGUCCGCCGGUCUGCUGGACCUGCCGAUUGGCCACAGGCGGACGGCCAUCAAGGCAGUCGUUCAAGCAACUGCGACCGCCAGCCUGACAAGGCUAGAGGAGGUAUUCACGGCAAGCUUGACGCGUCAGGAGGAGGUGCUGAGGGCCAGCGCGACGCAGCAGGUGGAGGUGCUCAAGGCCAGUGCGACGCAGCAGGCAGAGGCGCUCAAGGCCAGCGCGACGCAGCAGGCCGAGGCGCUCAAGGCCAGCGCGACGCAGCAGGAGGAGGCGCUCAAGGCCAGCGCGAUGCAGCAGGCAGAUGCGCUCAAGGCCAGCGCGACGCAGCAAGAGGAGGCGCUCAAGGCCAGCACCACGCGGGUGGAGGAGGCGCUCAAGGCCAGCGCAAUGCAGCAGGCGGAGGCGCUCAAGGCCAGCGCGGCGCAGCAGGCGGAGGCGCUCAAGGCCAGCGCGACGCAGCAGGAGGAGGCGCUCAAGGCCAGCGCGACGCGGGUGGAGGAGGCACUCAAAGCCAGCGCAACGCAGCAGGAGGAGGCGCUCAAGGCCAGUGCGGCGCUGGUGGAGGAGCAGCUCAGCGCGCUUAUGACGGACUGUCGCUUCUCGAUGUCCCGAGCCAGCACCUCUCGCGUCCGCACGGUGUGCGAGCGCCUCCGCUACGGCAUCAGUGUGAAUGUAACUCUUUUGCAGCCCAGUUGGGAGGAGCAAGGAGAGGUGGCUGCUGUGGUCUGGCGCACCACACGUGAGACCGACCCAGCCAUGCUGACAGCUUGCAGGCAGUGGCUGCAGGAUCACAUGGCCCCUCCUGGCGUCACAGUCUACUGUGUCACCUCUCAGCAGUGGUUACACGCGGACUACCCACACGUGAACGUGGGUCUUGUCGGCGGCACAGAUUAUGUGUUCAUGGCGGACUGCGUCUGGCGGGGCCCAGUGGACCGCGAGCCAUCUGUCCCGGAGCUUGAGGGCAACCUGCGGGGCGUCCUGGGUGCUUACGAGCUCAAGUCCCAGGCCUAUCUGCAAGGUCAAGGUGCAUUGAAGGCAUGGGCCCAGGCGGCCACGGAGUGCAUCGGCCUGCACAAGACCACGGGCCGGCGGCUGGCUGUCGCCUUCGGUGACUGCAACCAGCAUGCAGUCGUGUCUUGGGUGGCAGAGGACGCAGGACUCACUCUGCAAGUGGCGAGUCCAGCUGCAGCAGAGGAUGGACGUCCCGCGGUCGCCUUCAUGCGCCGGCAGCUGCAGGAGGAACUCCAGCACGUGCCAGGUGAG